UAUUUUUCACAUUCUUGUACUUAUGGACUCCCACACCUCGUUGCAGAAGACUAAUACACGACUUCUUGCUGCUGAACUUGGGUGGAGUUUAGGGGGUUAGAGCUCCGAUUCAUCGCAUUUGGACGAUCUCAGACGCGCAUGUCAUGCAUUCAGACGAGUAUUUCCAUCUACAGUAUACUCCUCCAGCAGAAGGAUGAAUCUACCUGGCCUCUUGAAUGUUCCUCACUCGUUCAACAUCCAAACAUCACUGUCAUCCAUGACCUGUCGUGAGGGUGACAAAGGAGAUCCCUCGACCCAACGCAGGUACCAAGAUGCCCAGCCGGAUGAUCUGUGUCGCUUGAUCCAGGAUUUGCUUUUCGAUCACUUGCUGGACGAGGCUCACUCCUAUCAGUUGAUUCUCAAGCACCCGCUGACAGAGAAGCUCAUUCUUUGGCUGUACAACGGAGGAGGCUCGAGCGCAGUGAGCUCCCAGCAGGUAGCUGAAGAGCUCUUCCAGGUCAGCUUCAUCCCCCAAGGUGGGUUCCUUUGUCAGGACGAGGCCUCCACCUCUCCGUGGGAUGGCGGGUUGGAUCCUAAGCUCUUGGGCAAAGUACCAAGAACGGAGGAUUCCUUAUUCUUGGCCCGCAAGGUAUUGCUGCGCCAUUUCUUGCCACCCAGCCGUUUGAAGGGGACCACACCUGAGGACUACCCUGGCUUCGUGCAUGAAAUGGCCAGGCUUUGGCCACUGGGAUCUUGGAAGCAAUGCCGCGACCAAGAGAUGAUUCGGGAGGCCUUCAAGUUCCUGGCAAGGUGUUGGAAAGCCCUGGCUUCUUUGCCUGGCCUGGGAGAUCUCCAGGGCUGUUCCUGUAUCCAGAGGACCGAGCAUGAGGGCGUUUUGCUGGUGGGUGCUGGUAGCCGUCGCCGAGCUGAGGAGCUCCUCCUGCAAAUGUUUAGUGACCUGGAGGUUUGGAGGCUGCCGCCGGCGGAUCUCCUGACCCCCUGGGUCCCCGGCCAGGUGUUGGCAGCCCAUGUCACGGCACAGUGCAAAGAGCUUGAGGACAGAUUGGUGAGUCUGGUGGAUGAGACCCGGGAGAAUCUGGAGGAGCUCUCACGACUCACCUCGGUGAUGUCCGGAGGGCAGCCCACAUCUAUGUGGCAAAGGUUGGAAGCCACCGACCAGAGGUCCACACAGUUUAUGCAGAAACAAGCCGAGUUGAACAAUACCCUUCGACAACUACAGUGAGCGGUGCUCGCUCCAAUCCUGAGUAGUUGACCUGAGUCGCACAUCGGUUCGUUGCAAAGAA